AUGUUUUGUAAUAUAUAUAUAUUUAUAAUAUAUACAUUCUUAAUAAUUCAUUUGUAUUUUAAAAAGUUUCAUAUAUUAAUUGAUUGUUUUAAAAUAAAAAAUCAAAACAUAAUUUUAAAAAGAGAAAACAAUUUAUAUAAAAUAUUACUUAAAAACAGCAAUAUUUACAAUAGUUUUAUAAAGAAAAGAAGUAAUACAUAUCCUAUAUAUUAUAAUUUUAAAUUAUAUCAUAUAUUUAGUAGUAAUGAUUUAUUAAAUAAAAAUAAAGAAAGAUAUAAAGUAUUUUAUUAUAAAAAGAGAAGAAACAAUGUUACGUAUAUAUGUAGAAAAAAUAGGACAGGAAAUAUAGGAUUACUAACAAUAUAUGAAAAGAGUAUAAAAAUGGAUAAUAAAUAUAAUAUAAAAAUAAAUAAAACUAAAAAUAUGUAUGCAUAUGAUUCAAGUGAAAUUGAUAAAUUUGAUAUAUAUGAUCAUAAUAAAGGGAAAAAAGAAAAGAUAAUUUUAAUAAUUGGAGUAACCUGUAGUGGAAAAACAAAAUUCAGUAUCGAUUUAUCUGAAGAAUUAUUAAAAUAUAAUAUAAAAACUGAGAUUAUUAGUGCUGAUUCUAUGCAAGUUUAUCAAAAUUUUAAUAUAGGAAUAUCAAAAAUUAAUGAGGAAGAAAAGAGAGAUAUAAAGCAUCAUUUAUUAGAUGUAUGCCAUCACAAUGAUACAUUUAAUGCUCAUAAAUUUAUUAAUUAUACCAUACCAAUUAUUAAAAAUAUUAACACUAGUAAGAAAUUGGCUAUUGUAACAGGAGGCACUUUAUUAUACAUUGAAUCUUUAUUAUGGGAAUCGGUAAUAGAUUUAAAAGAUCAAAAAGAAGAAACAAAAAAAGAAGAAAAAGAAGAAAAAUAUAAUUAUGAAAAUAAAACUAAUGAUGAACUGUAUGAACAAUUAAAAGAAGUAGAUGAAGAAAGGGCUAAUCAAUUGCACAAAAAUGAUAGAAAGCGAAUUUGCAGAAGUCUUGAUAUUUUUUAUAAGUAUAAUAAGAGACACAGUGAAUUAAUAAAAAUUAAAAAUCAUAAAAAUCAUAAAAUUAAUGAAAUGAGGUAUAUACCAUGUUUUUUUUAUUUAGAUUAUAAUAAUGAUGAUGUUUUAAAAAGAGAAAUUGAAAAACGAGUUGAUUUAAUGAUUUCAAAAGGAUUAUUGGAUGAAGCUAUAAAAUUAAAGGAAUUAAACAACAAUAAAAAUAUAAAAUCAUCAUAUAAAGGAAUAAAUCAAAGUAUUGCUUAUAAAGAAUUUGAUGCAUAUAUCGAAAAAAAAAUAAAUAAAAUUAAUGACGAGAAUUUAUUUAACAUAUGCAAGGAAAAUUUAAUUAGAAAGACUUAUAAAUAUGCAAAAAAGCAAAGAAGAUGGAUAUUUAAUAGAUUUGUAAAAAAUUAUAGCAUUCCUUUAAACAAAAUAGAUGUAUCAAAAAAUUAUAAAGAGCAAUUAAGUGAUUCAGUAGAUAUCAUUUUAAAAUUUUUACAGGAUUAA